CUGAGUGACCAGACCAUGGAGACUCUCCUUGGUAGCCUGUUGGCAUUUGGCAUGGCGUUUGCCGUGGUUGACGCCUGUCCCAAGUACUGUGUCUGCCAGAAUCUGUCUGAGUCACUGGGAACCUUGUGCCCCUCCAAGGGGCUGCUCUUUGUACCCCCUGACAUUGACCGGAGGACGGUGGAGCUGCGUCUGGGUGGUAACUUCAUCAUCCACAUAGGCCGCCAGGACUUUGCCAACAUGACAGGGCUGGUGGACCUAACCCUGUCCAGGAACACCAUCAGCCACAUCCAGCCCUUCUCCUUCCUGGACCUCGAGAGCCUCCGCUCCCUGCACCUCGACAGCAACCGGCUCCCCAGCCUCGGGGAGGACACCCUACGUGGCCUGGUGAACCUGCAGCACCUCAUUGUGAACAACAACCAGCUGGGUGGCAUCGCCGAUGAUGCCUUUGAGGACUUCCUGCUGACGCUGGAGGACCUGGACCUCUCCUACAACAACCUGCAUGGCCUGCCCUGGGGCUCCGUGCGGCGCAUGGUCAACCUGCACCAGCUGAGCCUGGACCACAACCUGUUGGACCACAUUGCUGAGGGCACUUUUGCCGACCUGCAGAAACUGGCCCGCCUGGACCUCACCUCCAACCGGCUCCAGAAGCUACCCCCAGACCCCAUCUUUGCCCGCUCCCAGGCCUCUGCUCUAACUGCCACACCCUUUGCUCCACCCUUGUCCUUUAGUUUUGGGGGGAACCCAUUGCACUGCAACUGCGAGCUUCUCUGGCUGCGGCGACUAGAGCGGGAUGAUGACCUGGAGACCUGUGGCUCCCCUGGGGGCCUCAAAGGCCGCUACUUCUGGCAUGUGCGUGAGGAAGAGUUUGUGUGCGAGCCACCUCUCAUCACCCAGCACACGCACAAGCUGCUGGUUCUGGAGGGCCAGGCAGCCACCCUCAAGUGCAAGGCUAUUGGGGACCCCAACCCCCUCAUCCACUGGGUGGCCCCAGAUGACCGCCUGGUGGGGAACUCUUCAAGGACCGCGGUGUACAACAACGGCACCCUGGACAUCCUCAUAACCACAUCUCAGGAUAGUGGUGCCUUCACCUGCAUUGCUGCCAACGCUGCUGGGGAGGCCACGGCCACUGUGGAGGUCUCCAUUGUCCAGUUGCCACACCUCAGCAACAGCACCAGCCGCACAGCACCCCCCAAGUCCCGCCUCUCAGACAUCACUGGCUCCAGCAAGACCAGCAGGGGAGGGGGAGGCAGCGAUGGUGGGGAGCCUCCCAAAAGCCCUCCAGAACGGGCUGUCCUUGUGUCCGAUGUGACCACCACCUCGGCCCUGGUCAAGUGGUCGGUCAGCAAGUCAGCACCCCGGGUGAAGAUGUAUCAGCUGCAAUACAACUGCUCCGACGAUGAGGUACUGAUUUACAGGAUGAUCCCAGCCUCCAACAAGGCCUUUGUGGUCAACAACUUGGUGUCAGGGACCGGCUAUGACCUGUGCGUGCUGGCCAUGUGGGAUGACACAGCCACAACACUCACGGCCACCAACAUUGUGGGCUGUGCCCAGUUCUUCACCAAGGCCGACUACCCACAGUGCCAGUCGAUGCAUAGCCAGAUCCUGGGUGGCACCAUGAUCCUGGUCAUCGGUGGCAUCAUUGUGGCCACGCUGCUGGUCUUCAUCGUCAUCCUCAUGGUACGCUACAAGGUCUGCAACCAUGACGCCCCCAGCAAGAUGGUGGCUGCCACAGUCAGCAACGUGCACUCACAGACCAACGGGGCCCAGCCAUCUGCUUUGGGCAGUGUGCCCAGCGGGGCUCCCACACUGGGGCCACCCAAGGUGGUGGUGCGCAAUGAGCUGGUCGAGUUCAGUCCCAGCUUUGCCCGAUGCAGUGACUCCUCUUCCUCCAGCUCCCUGGGCAGUGGGGAGGCUGCAGCACUGGGACGAGGCCCCUGGAGGCUCCCGCCCCCUGCCCCACGCCCCAAGCCCAACCUUGACCGCCUGAUGGGGGCCUUUGCCUCCCUGGACCUCAAGAGUCAGAGAAAGGAGGAGCUGCUGGACUCCAGGACUCCAGGCGGGAGAGGGUCUGGGACAUCGGCCCGGGGCCACCACUCAGACCGAGAGCCACUGCUGGGACCACCUGCGGCCCGGGCCAGGAGCCUGCUCCCCUUGCCCCUGGAGGGCAAGGCCAAACGCAGCCAUUCCUUUGACAUGGGGGACUUUGCUGCGGCUGCAGCUGCGGCAGCUGGAGGGGUUGCCCCAGAUGGCUACAGCCCCCCUCGGAGAGUGUCAAACAUCUGGACAAAGCGGAGCCUCUCUGUGAAUGGCAUGCUCUUGCCCUUUGAGGAGAGUGACCUAGUGGGAACCCGGGGGACUUUUGGCAGCUCUGAGUGGGUGAUGGAGAGCACGGUGUAG